GGUGGUAUGAAAUAUUGUAAAUAAAAUUCGUUUUUUAGCUUUAAUUAUGAGUGGACGUGUGCAAAAAGAUGGUAACGAUGAUUCUGAUCGUAUUGACGAUGCAGUGGAUCCUAGAGUGCAGCACUAUACCAAUUCAUCUUGUUAAUCCAGAUGUUAAUGAACGUCGAACUCGAAAUAUUGAAUACUGCUACCGACGAUAUCAACAAGCUUGAAGUUGAUUUGGAUGAAGCGAGAGCAACUUUCAGGGAAUUACUUUGCGAAUCUACGUUGAAAAUUGACACGUUAGCCAAGAAACUUGGCACUUGCAUUGAAAAGUCUAGACCGUAUUACGAUGCCAGGUUCAAAGCGAAAGAAGCUUUACAAGAAACGCAAAAAGCUGCUAUUAGAUUCGAAAGAGCCAAUAGCCAGCACGCGGCUGCUAAAGAAAUGGUUUACUUGGCCGAGGAAGGUUUGAGAACCGAAGGCAGAUGUUUCGACCAUGCUUGGCAGGAAAUGUUGAACCACGCAACUUCCAGAGUCAAUGAAUCUGAACACGAAAGAGCAUUGUCAGAGGCGGAGCACAGGCAUACCACUACGUUGUAUCAUAAAGCAGAGCACGAAGUUCAGAGAUUGCAGAACGAACUAAAACGUACGAUUGCUAAAUCUAGUAUGGGUGCACGUCGCAGCUUGCUUCUGAUAAACAGUAUCGCCUACAGGCACAACUUGCUCAUGUUGCCGUACUACGAAAUGAAAGCGCAUUUUAAUCAAAUGUUGGAAGAACAAAAAUUAAGAGUAAGUGCGUUAGAAAGAUCAGUCGGUGAUGCUAAAAUGACCUACGCAGAGGCAUUGAGAAACUUAGAAAAAAUUAGUGAUGAAAUUCAUAGGACUAGAAGAUACGAUGGGUCGGAUGAAUUUGACAAGCAAUCGAGGGACAUGAUUAACCAGUCCGUUGCGCAACCUAAUGCAACAAAUUCAACAGAUUCCAGCGUGACUGGAUCACCCGAUAGUACAGAUUAUACCAGUGAUGAAUAUUUACGCCUUCCUGAUAAAAUGAGCCCUAGUACACCGUGUCCUGUGCCUACAAGAAUUGACAGAGAGCCUUCCGAAUAUUUGGGCCUAAAUAAUUUGAACCUUUCAUCCACGGAACCUCGAAAAUACAUAAAGCGGGACCGUCCAAAAAGCAUUGCAACAACCGACACAAAACAUAUCAUAUUAUUAAAUCAAACGAGUUCAUCGACAUCGCAAUUGUCCGAUUUGUCAAACGUUAUUUCGCCUAUAGAAAAACGAGUAACGAUUCAAACACCGGUGGUAACAAACAGUAGUAACACUACCGUACAAAAUGGCGAGGAAUGGACGGAGAUUAGCUUAAAUAAUUCUCCGGAUGAAGUUUACUACAAUAACGAAGUCUAUUCGGACGAGGAGGAUCAAAUUCCUUACAAACCGUUACCGAUGGAUCUGAGUCCGGAUAGUAGCAAUCCAGUAGCCAAUGGCGCGAAUGUUCAACCAUUUGGCGAAGGUUCUAGUCGAAGAAAAUUGAUAACUCAAAAGUCGCUGCCUGCCAUCUCAAAGGGAAACGAAGUUACUUUGAGCGCUGAGAAGAAGGCAGAAGUUACGAGGAGUCCAUCGAUAAAAAAUAAGAACAAAAUUGAUAGCAGUUUAGCUAAUUGGAUAACUCGAAGUUCAGCGGGCGGUGAGAUCAGUGGAGGUAGUUCAGCAAACUCGAGCAGAAGACAGUCACUUGAUAUGUUGUGGAGUGCAGGAACCGGAGAACGAGUGAAAGAAUUACUGAACCAUGGUAUGAUGAUGCUGAACAUAUCUAGCCUGACGGAGGGGCGUUCUAGCGAACAAAAAACGGCUGAGAGAGAUAAGGAGAAGUCUGAAAAAUCCGAGAAACUAGAGGGAAAAGGAAAGAAGGUUCCUAGCCCGUUAGAAAAGACAUUAACCUAUCUGAAUGCAGACGAAGAGACAUCCGACAGUGAAAGUUUGGCAAGCGUGGAAAUGUUAACGGAGGAUCAAAUCUCUUCGCUUAUGAUGGAACCCGAUAUGAAUCAAGUAUGCCAAGAAAUCCUAGGAACUCCUUUAGUCGAAGUGUGCCCGUUAUUGCAACAACUGCAACAACAACAAUAGCAUUCCUUUCCAUAACGACAUUGACUCAAUUUAAUUGAAACGACAACAAUAGAAAGUGUUCAAAAACUACGAUAAAGGAACGAACUAGUUAAGACCGUAGCUUAAUCUUUAAUUUAAUUCAUCGUUGCAAUUUAGUUACAGCGCUUUCAUUAUUCCCAUAGAGAAGUAAGAUUCGAAGGAUCUUUCUGCGCAGUUUUUAAAAAUCUGAUUGUAAUUCGAAUUAAUUCGCUAGAAAUGAUUUGUACAUACUCGGUAGAAAUUUUUAAUAUAAUAUACAAAUAUUUAAUUAUCAUUUACGGAGCUGGAUGGCAGAAUGUUGCGUCCUGAAGCCUAAUGAGAACCUUUGGUGCAUACGUUCAUAGAAAUAUUUUAGUCGUUACUUGGAACAGAAUAUCAUUCCAUUAAAUUCGUUUAGCACAUAGUGUCUAGUAUACAUCGGGGAACUUACUCGGUAAGAGAAGCAAUACGUAGUGAAUAUUAUAUGGUCCUAUCGUUUGUUCAUCUUGCUCGUACCUAUUACGUAGGAAAAAUAAGAAGAAGAAAAAAAUCGACAUUUUUCCACGGAGUACUAAAACUUUACUAUUUAGAAACUGUUUUGCCUGUCUACGUUAAGAGCACGACUAUACAAGCAAUUCGUUUUUUAUAUUGCUGCGAAAGAAGUACAACGCCAGCCAAUAACAAUUAUAAUCUUGGUAAAGUUGCACGCUCUUCGAAUCGCUAAGUAGAACUUGUUUAAAUAAGAACAAAAUGAUUCUAAAUGAAAAAAAAAAUUUGGCAGCUUUGAUAAACAUAAUGUUUCACGUACCAAGCUUUAAUAUACUUACUGAUCGUAAUAGUGUUCAUCUGUCGAGCUCAACAGAACAUUUUUAACUUUUCCUCAACUCUGACGAGAUAUAUAGAUAAUAUUUAUCAAUUAAGUACUUUGUAGUUGUCGAAAUAUGUAUUUAAAAUAUAAUUAAUAUAAUCAAGUAAUUAUUACGCGUGAAUUUAGACAAUCCAAUCGGUUAUAAUAUUAAUGGUUGGAAAAUAUUUAAUUUAACGAGUGAAACACUAAAAGUCAUAACAUAUUCUUAAGUUUGAAUCAUUUUUAUUACUAUAUACAGAGUGUUCAGGCCAACCCUGGGAAAAAUUUUAAUAGGGGACUCUAGAGGCCAAAAU